AAUCACAGUGCACACUGUGUGGUGAACCAGAAGACCAGCAGUAUUCAUGGUCGCCCUCGCAGUACUUCGAUGAGGACAGCUACUCGCCUCCACCCAGGAACAUGAAGGGUCUCUCUGGCGGCCGCCCUGCCCAACUCCAGCUCACCUCUCCCACCUCAGCCCACACCUGCGGCCUUGCCGACUGUGACCAUUCCCUGGACCAUCAUCUCCACCAUGGCAACUCACGACCCCCCUCCUACCUCCUCAGUCCUACAGAGAGCUGCCCCCUCGAUACUCACCAUCGCUGCUCCCCACGGAGCUCCAUCCACUCCGAGUGCAUGGUGAUGCCGGUUUCAAUGUCCACCACUGACCACUCGAUCUCUAGUAGCACUUUCCCCCGUAUGCACUAUGGCAGCGCUUCACGGGACAGUGGUGGCCACUCUAGGGACAGCGGUAGGGAAUCCCGAGACGAUGGUGGCUCUUCUUCACACGGUGGUAGCGGCAAAAUGAACCGAAUCCCAGCAAACCUCCUGGACCAAUUUGAGAAGCAGAUGCCGCUGCACCGGGACGGCUUCCACACACUGCAGUACCAACGCACCUCCACCACAACCACGACUACAGAGCAACGCAAUGAGAGCCCAGGGCGAAUACGCCACUUAGUUCAUUCGGUUCAGAAGCUCUUCACAAAGUCACACUCCCUAGAAGGUUCCUCCAAGAUGAACGGCACCAAAAGCGACUCACAUCGGGACAGCUCACACCACCACCAUCACCACCACCAAGGCCACCACAAACACAGCAAACGCAGCAAGAGCAAAGAGCGUAAAUCUGAAGGCAGCGGUAAGCAACGCUCAGGAGGUUGGUGGAGUUCAGAUGAUAACCUGGAUAGCGACAGCACGUACAGAACACCCAGUGUCAUGUCACGGCAUCCUGUGGACCACAUCAGCCACUGCUACCCUGACUCCAUGCACGGCCACCUGCCUGGAGAACUCUCGCUAAAGACAUCCAAGAGUAACAACGAUGUCAAGUGCUCAGCUUGCGAGAGCAUAAGCUCGGCACCAGAGGGAAAGUUCAUGAAAAGGAGCUCCUGGUCAACGCUAACAGUCAGCCAAGCCAAGGAGGCCUACAGGAAGUCCUCACUUAACCUGGAGAAGCCUAUGAUGCCCACUGACCUCAAGCCCAACCUCAGGCCCUGCCACUAUCUACAGGUGCCCCAAGAUGACUGGGGGGGUUACCCCGGCGAUGGUAAGGAUGACGAGAUUCCUUGUCGUCGCAUGCGGAGCAGCAGUUAUGUUAAAGCCAUGGGGGAUGAGGAGAGUGGAGAGUCGGACUCCAGCCCCAAGACAUCGCCUCAGAAAUCAGUGCGGCCCGACGCCUUGGUCAAGGCCAUCAUCAGACCCAGGGACCUGCUGGACUCUCAGAGCUCUUACCGCCUGGAUAAAAUCAACAGUGACAUGCGUAACUACAUCACCAAUUUUGCUGCAGACUUAAGUCAGAGCUACCACUUGCAAGCCACCAGGGACAUGCACCCAAGCAUUGCCCUGGAUCCCUCUACGAACUACAACUCUCCCAAGUUUCGCUCCAGGAACCAGAGCUAUAUGCGGGCUGUCAGCACCCUUAGUCAGGCUAGCUGUGUUAGCCAAGUGAGCCAGGUGAGUGAAACAGAAAUAAACGGCCAGUUUGAAUCCGUGUGCGAGUCGGUGUUUAGUGAGGUGGAAUCCCAGGCCAUGGAGGCGUUGGACCUACCCGGCUGCUUCAGAACUCGGAGUCACAGCUACCUGCGAGCCAUUCAGGCCGGCUACUCUCAAGACGACGACUGCAUACCCCCCAUGGCCUCUACUGUCACCUCAACCAUCAGGUCCACCACAGGGAUCCAGUUCCGCCUCCCCUCCUCCUGCAGCAUUGAUCGGACUCCUCAGCAAACCCCAGCCAUCACCUACACACCCAGCUACAAGAAGACCCCUCCUCCAGUCCCACCUCGCACCACCUCCAAACCUCUCAUCUCCAUCACGGCCCAGAGCAGCACCGAGUCCACCCAGGACGCCUACCAUGAGGGCCGACACCUUCACGGCGGGAUGUGGGCACCUGAAAGCCUCAGCCUGGGGUUGACCCCAGGACGGGGCCUGUAUAACUCCACUGACAGCCUGGACAGCACCAAAGCUGUGACCAUAGCCAUGGAGGCGGCUGGAGUCAUGUCCGGAAAAAGACACCCGUCUACAGACAGCCACAGCUCGGUGCUGACCUGUGACAAGGCCGUCCUGGUGUCCAAGGCCGAGGAGUACUUGAAGACGCCUCGAUCCUCUAUAGGGAUACAGGUUGAAGCAGCCACGGACUCUGAGUCUGAAAGCAAAGGCUCGCGGGAGUACCACUCAGUUGGAAUCCAGGUGGAGGACGACAAGAAAGGACAGGGCAGGUUUAAACGCUCCAAUAGUGUGACUGCAGCAGUACAGGCUGAUAUGGAGUUGGAGGGCUUCCCUAUCAUGGAGGACAAGGGUCUGCAGUUUGGUGGGGGCUUCCAGCGUCACUCCGAGCCCAGUACGCCCACCCAGUAUGGGGCAGUUCGAACAGUACGCACCCAGGGUCUCUUCAGCUACCGUGAGGAUUAUCGUACCCCCACUGAGCCCCCCAGUCCCAGGGAGACCACCAGCGAGUCCACGUGGCAGCUGGAACCCCCUUCUCCACGGGACAGUGUGACCUCGCCGGGUGAGUCGGGCAGGGCGUCCCCCUCCCUGAGGAGGGAUGGGAGCUGGUUCAUGCAGCUGCUCCACACAGAGACCAAGAGGAUGGAGGGCUGGUGUAAAGAGAUGGAGGCAGAGGCUGAAGAGAACGAUCUGUCAGAGGAAAUCCUAGGCAAAAUCAGAAGUGCAGUGGGAAGUGCUCAGCUGCUCAUGUCUCAGAAAUUCCAGCAAUUCUACUGGCUGUGUCAGCAAAACCUGGACCCCAGUGCCAUGCCACGGCCCACCUCUCAGGACCUGGCUGGGUUCUGGGACCUGCUGCAGCUCUCCAUCGAUGACGUCACCAUGAAGUUUGACCAGCUGCAGCAAAUAAAGAACAACAACUGGAGGCCCAUUGACAGCCCAGAGAAGAAGCCACAAGCUCCUGUACCAAAGAAGACAGCGCGACAGAAGAGUGUGAUACAAAGGGAGAAAUCUCUGGACCUCCCAGAUAGGCACCGGCAGGAGGCCCGGCGGCGACUAAUGGCAGCCAAGCGGGCAGCCUCAUUCCGGCAGAACUCAGCCUCAGAGCGAGCAGACAGCAUCGAGAUCUAUAUUCCCGAGGCUCAGACUAGACUUUGAGGAGACAGGGUCAGGGGCCAGCACGCCUCCCUGCACCCACAUUCAAAUGACUUUAAAACUAGCCUUUUUUCUAGACUGCUACUCUCUCUACUCUUCCUUUACCCAUCUGUUGUCUGAUCUCGAUAGCCAUCCUCAGAGCCCAUCGCCAAAAACCAUUGGUCUGUAGGAUGUGCCAAGCCUCCUCUCCCAUUACACGAACAACUGUUAGCAGAAAUGUAUGUCUGACAUGGGUCGGUUGGGUUUCUCCUUGGUUUGCUGUUGAUCCUGAAACCCAGCCUACAAGCUCGCUCAUCCAAUGCCCUGGAUGGCUACGUCUGUAGAUUUUCAGCAUUUGCAAAGUGCCAUUUUAAAAGUGCAGCUUUGAAAACCUACCAGCAACCAGGCCUUUGAGCUAAAAAGAGUAGAAGAGAUAUUUAUUUCAAGUUGUUCAGAUAUGGUCAA